CUCCAACUCUUUUUUCUUCAUGUCUAUUAUAGACCUUUGUUGUGUAUGUUCAUCUAUAGAGAGCUUUAAAACAAUGUCACUUUGUCAAUAUUCCAUUGUAUUUGCUCUUCUUUUUGUAGGAGCAUUUGGUUAUGGAGAUAAUGAACUAUUUCUCCCACUCAAAACACUUCAAAAGAUGCAUCACAAACAUAAUGAGCCAAGUUGUUCAUCUCAAAAAUCAAGGAGUGAAAAUGGAGCAAUAAUACUGGAAAUGAAGCAUAAAGAUUACUGCUUUAGAUCAAGAGGUGACUUGAACAAAAGGCUGCAGAAGAGAUUGCUAGCUGAUGAUAUUCGAGUUCGUUCGAUACAAUCUAAUAUCAAGAAAAUCAGUUCUAAACAAGUUGAGGCUUUAUCACAGACUACUACUACUACUACUACUCAAAUUCCUAUCAGUUCAGGUGUUACAAUGCAAACUCUAAAUUACAUUGUUACUGUGACAUUAGGCGGUCGAAAUAUGACAGUGAUUGUGGAUACAGGAAGUGAUCUUACUUGGGUUCAAUGUCAACCUUGUAGAUUGUGUUAUAAUCAACCAGAACCACUUUUCAACCCCUCUAUUUCUCCUUCUUUUCAAACAGUUGCAUGCAAUUCAUCGGCCUGUCUGUCUCUUGAAUCUGCAACCGGGAAUUCAGGAUUGUGUGGGGCUAAUUCACAAACUUGUGAUUACCUUGUAAGUUAUGGAGAUGGAUCGUAUACGAAAGGUGAGCUUGGACAGGAUCAUUUGGUUCUUGGAAUAACUUUGGUAGACAAUUUUGUUUUUGGGUGUGGGAGGAAUAAUAGAGGCUUGUUUGGUUUAGCUUCAGGUCUUAUGGGACUUGGAAGGAGUGAUCUUUCCUUAAUAUCUCAAACUUCUGAUGUGUUUGGAGGCGUUUUCUCCUAUUGUUUGCCUUCAACUGAAGCAGAGUCCUCUGGCUCACUUAUAUUUGGCGGUGAUCCUUCAGUUUUCAAGAACUCAACACCAAUCUCUUACACUAAAAUGGUUCCAAAUCCACAGCUUUUUAGCUUCUAUUUCCUUAACCUAACUGGAAUGACUAUUGGUGGGGUUUCUGUUCAAGAUUCAAGUUUUGGGAAAAGUGGAUUUCUCAUUGAUUCGGGCACGGUUAUCACAAGGCUCCCACCUUCCAUUUACAAAGCUGUCAAGGCUGAGUUCUUGAAACAAUUUUCAGGUUACCCUUCAGUACCAGGUUAUUCAAUUCUUGACACUUGCUUUGAUCUCUCUUCAUAUGAAGAAGUGAACAUUCCCACCAUAAAAGUACAUUUCGAAGGCGAUGCUCAGAUGGAAGUUGAUGUUGCUGGAGUUUUCUAUUUUGUGAAGAAUGAUGCAUCUCAGGUCUGUUUAGCACUGGCAAGCCUGCAAUAUGAAGGUGAGAUUGGAAUUAUUGGAAAUUUUCAGCAGAGAAACACAAGAGUCAUAUAUGAUACAAAACAAUCACAAGUUGGAUUUGCAAAAGAAACCUGCAGUUUCAUGUAGAUGACAGACAAAAAAAGGUAAGGCCAAUAACGACUCGUUGGCGAUAAUAUAUUUGCUUAACAUAGAUAACUAUUUGAGGUUUAUUUAUCUACUAUGUAGGAAGAUACAGGUGAUAUUAUGGGUGUUUAAUUAAGUGUAAAAUAUCACAUAAACUUCUCUUCAUGAUGUAACACUUGCAAUCAUUUUAUAAUAUGUGAAAACUGUAUGUAUGCAGACUUGUCUAUAACAA